UACUGCUGACAACAAAUCCUUGGCAGGGAGGAGAGUCCAAAUAUUCAGAGAUGGCUUUUGGGGACGACCUGCGGUGCCCACAGGCUCAUGCAGCAGUCAUGCGGCUGCUGGACUCAGAGCUUCACCUGAUGGAGGUCAUGAAGAAGUGGAUGGGUCAGCGGGCCAAGAGCGAGCGAGAGUUCUCAGUGCAGCUGCAUCACAUGACUGCCAUGGUGGAGAAGCUGGAGAGACCUCAGCUCGGUGCGGGACAGGACUACAUCAGCCAGCUCAACAAGUCGUGGGACGUGCUGGUCUCUCAAACUGACGCUCUCAGUCAGGUGAUGAAGAAGCGCUCUGAGGACCUGCUUGACGGUCCCAUCAGCAAACUUACGCUGCUCAUCAGAGACAAACAGCAGCUCCGCAAAACCUACACAGAGCAGUGGAAUCUACUGAGGCAGGAGCUCAGCAAGGUGACACACACAGAGCUGGAGAGACUGAAGAGCAGCUACAGACAGGCAGUGAGAGAAGCAGCUCAGGCUAAGAGGAAGUACCAGGAGGCCUAUAAAGAUAAAGAGCGAGACAAGGCUAAAGAGCGUUAUGUAAAAGCUUUGCUGAGGCUUCACGAGCAACAUAACGAGUACGUCCUCUCUGUGCGAGCUGCUCAAGUUUACCAUCAGCACCACUACAGUCAGAUCCAGCCCGCCCUGCUCGGAGCACUGCAGACCCUGCAGCAGGAGAUGGUGCUUAUACUGAAGGAGAUCCUGCAGGAGUAUUUUGACAUCUCCACUCUCCUCCAUCAUGAGGUGGUGAAGAUCCACAGGGAGAUCGCCUCUGCUCUGACGGCCAUCGAUCCUGAGACAGAAUACGACAGCUUCAUUCAACAGAACAGGUCUGUGGGGGAGAUUCCUGCCUGUGCAGAGUUUGAUUGCAGUCUUCUGGAGGACAGCGAGCAGCUUAACACCAAAGAGAUCGAGCUGAACGACCUCACGUUUGAGACAAUCCAGCACAAACUCACUGCGGUGGAAGAGGAGCUGCUGGACCUGACUCGGACUCUGGGCUCCCAGCAGACCUCAGUUGAACAUCUGGAGCUGGAGCUGGAGGCCGAGCAGGAAGGUGUCAAAAAAGGCCAGAGGGUCUACCAGUUCAGCAAGAGACAUGCGCUGGAGGGGUGUCGGCAGCAGGUCGCUCUGUCUCAGGGCGUGAGGGCCAAGCUGGAGGCUCAGAGACUUAUCCUGAAGGAGAAACUGGACCAGCUGGGCUCCAAAGAACCUCCGCCUGCUCUGAGAAUGGACCCAGACUCUGUUUCGCUUUCAUCCAACUCCAGCAGCGAACACAGUCAAAUUCCCUCUAAACUUAUGGACGGGAUCAUCAACAAUCUAAGUAGCCUUUUUAAACUAAAGACUGAGGUGCCUCCGGCCCCCCCCCCGGUGCUGGAUGUGGAUCGUCCUCUGGGGCAGCAGGACUGGUACCACGGAGCCAUCCCCAGACUGGAGGUGCUGCAGCUGCUGAAGAAUGAUGGAGACUUCUUGGUGAGGAAGAGUCAAGAGAAACAGGGUUACGUGCUCUCUGUGCAAUGGGACGGAUCCUGCAAGCAUUUCCUUAUCCAGGACACAGAUAAUCUGUACCGUCUGGACGGACAGGGUUUCCACAGUAUCCCUCUGCUGAUCCAUCAUUUACUGUCCUCAGAACAACAUGUCACCAAGAGGGCUGACAUAGUGCUGAGGAAACCUGUACUCAAGGACAAGUGGGUUCUGGACCAUGAUGAUAUUAUCUUGGGACAGCUUAUUGGACGGGGCAACUUUGGAGAAGUGUACAGUGGUUGUUUACGCUCUGAUAAAACUCCUGUAGCUGUGAAAACCUGUAAAGAGAACCUGGCCCCGGAGCACAAGAGUAAGUUCCUGAUGGAGGCCAGUUUUUUUGUUUUCAGGGACCUGGCAGCUAGAAACUGUCUGGUUGCUGAUCAAAAUGUGGUGAAGAUCAGUGACUUUGGGAUGUCCCGUCAGCAAGACGAUGGCGUGUACUCUGCAGAGGGCGGCCUCCGACAGAUCCCUGUCAAAUGGACGGCUCCCGAGGCUCUGAACUACGGUCGCUAUACUACAGAGAGUGAUGUGUGGAGCUUCGGUGUCUUACUGUGGGAAGCUUUCUCCAUGGGAAUGUCGCCCUACACCAGCAUGACCAACCAACAGACACGAGACGAGGUGGAGAGAGGAUACCGUAUGCCUGCUCCUCAUGGCUGCCCCGUGGAAAUCUCCAGGAUUAUGAGCAGCUGCUGGCAAUACGAUGCCAGACAGAGACCACCUUUCAAGAAACUCCGAGCUCAACUCAUUGUUAUAUACAACAAAAUUACAUAAUACAAGCCUAACAGUUGGACGUGUAGUUUUGGGGGUUUUUCAGAAAAAAUGUUGAAAUUCAGUAAAUGCACCAGUUGGUAGCAGCAUUCUUGUUUCUUCCCCUUUUGUUUUCUAAUCCCUCCUCCUCCAAAGAUCAGAAGCUUGUUUUUAACACAUCCGUCUUCUUUUAGAUGGCACAAAUUAAUGCUAACAUACACAAACACAUUGUGUCUCAUGUCAGUACAUUACAGAGCAGUUGAACCGUAACACCCAUUCCACACCCAAAGUUGUUGCUAUUGACUUAGUUCUUUAAGUCUGAAGCCUGUGGGAAUCCAGGACUAACACAACACAUUUGAAUGUAGAAAAAGUAUCAAAAACUUUUAACUUAACGCUUCUAUAAUUAAUAUUUUUACUUCAACAACAGAAUAUAUAACUAUGUGUCAUGUGAAAUUUGUCACUCAUAGCGACACACCCAUAGACAAUUAUCACUGAACUUGUUUCUAGGCUCAACAUUCUUUUAGCCUUUGUUCUGGUUUCAUAAACAAUGACUUACCUGGUUCACUCUUACAGCUCUCAUCCGUUUCAUUUCUGAAUGCAGCUGUCAGCUUAUUUCAUUGGGGGAAUAAAGGGCCCUUAAAUUCAAUCAGGACACAUAGAAAUCAGUCUGCUAAAUGUGCCCUGAUAUUUUCAUCAGGAUCCAUGCAUUGUUCACUGCUAAUCAGCAAUGUACAGUUUUCUGGUUAGGGAAUCAGCCAACAAUUGUGUAAUUUAAUUUGUAUAUAUAAUAUGUGUACUCUGACUCUUUGACACAUGGUUACAGUGUGUCCUCUGAGAGUGUUGUCUCAGCAGUAGAGGGUGUAUCUGUGUUCAGAUUCAUUAAACAAACAG